CAUUUCAAGCUCCACCCCUGAUCUGACUUCCUGAAACAAACCAGGAAACAGUUUGUUCCUCGUCACUAAAGAGAGACACAGGCUGAAAAACAUUUGAUCAGAUUCACCUUCAGACCAAACUAACAGCUUCCUCUGAGUGAGUCCAGCUACAGGAGAGAAAAGAGGAAAACUACAAUACUGCUGCUUCAACCUGCUGACUCUCCACACACUGAAGCUUCACUCAGACUAAAUGGCUUCCAGAUCAGAGGAGGAUCUCUGCUGUCCGGUCUGUCAGGAGGUCUUUAGAGAUCCUGUUCUUCUGUCAUGUAGCCACAGCUUCUGUAAAGACUGUCUGAAGAGAUGGUGGAGAGAGAAACCAACACCAGACUGUCCAGUUUGUAAGAUAGAACCACCUGUUAGUCUGGUGUUAAAGAAGCUGUGUGAGUCCUUCUUACAGGAGAGAGAUCAGAGAUCUUCAGAGGCUCUCUGCAGUCUGCACUCUGAGAAACUCAGACUCUUCUGUCUGGACCAUCAGCAGCCAGUGUGUGUCGUCUGCAGAGAUUCAGAAAAACACUCCAACCACAGCUUCAGACCCAUCGAUGAAGCUGCACGACAACACAAGAAGGAACUUCAGGAAACUCUGGAGUCCUUAAAGAAGUUAGAGAGUUUAGAAGAAGUUAAAGUGAAGUUUGAUCAAACAGCAGAACACAUUAAAUUCCAGGCCCGACACACAGAGAGGCAGAUUAAGGAGCAGUUUAAGAAGCUUCACCAGUUUCUAGAAGAGGAAGAGGAGGCCAGGAUGGCUGCACUGAGGGAGGAAGAGGAGCAGAAGAGUCAGAUGAUGAAGGAGAAGAUGGAGGCUCUGAGCAGAGAGAUAGCAGCUCUUUCACACACAGUCAGAGCCACAGAGGACGAGCUGAGAGCUGAGGACGUCUCAUUCCUCAACAACUACAAGGCUGCAGUGGAAAGAGUCCAGCAGCGCCCCCUGCUGGAGGAUCACCAGCUGCUCUCAGGAGCUCUGAUAGACCAGGCCAAACACCUGGGCAACCUGACCUUCAACAUCUGGAACAAGAUGAAGGACAUGGUCUCCUACAGUCCUGUGGUUCUGGACCCAAACACUGCUCAUCCAGAACUGAUCCUGUCUGAAGAUCUGACCAGUCUGAGACCAGGAGAGGAACAGCAGCUUCCUGACAAUCCAGAGAGAUUUAAAUACUUCCGCUCUGUCCUGGGCUCUGAGGGUUUUAACUCAGGGACUCACAGCUGGGAUGUCGAGGUUGGACAAAGUACAGACUGGAUACUGGGUGUGUCAGCAGAGUCUGUCCAGAGGAAGGGAGACAUAGCUUCUGGAUUAUGGAGAAUAAGGUUCUAUAAAGGUGAAUACUCAGCACGGUCACCAUCAGCUUCAUUCACUGUUCUCUCAGAGCAGAAGAAUCUCCAGAGGAUCAGAGUGAAUCUGGACUGGAACAGAGGAAAGUUGUCGUUCUCUGAUCCUGAUACUAACACACACAUACACACCUUCACACACACUUUCACUGAGAAGAUGUUUCCAUACAUUUUCACUGUGGAUAAUCUCCCAGUGAGGAUGUUACCAGUGAAGGUCUCUGUGACAGUGGAACAGAUCAGUCAGAGAUAAAGAGGAUGAUCAGAUUUAUAAUGUUGUUUAUUUCUUAAAGGGAAAAGUCAGAGAAUUUAACGUCUUAAACUGCACCUGUCCUCCUGCUGUCUCAUUAUUCCAAAGCUCUGUUUAUUUCUCUUUCACUUCUUUUAUUUCCAUCUUCUUCUUUUCUAGUUGAACUAUUUGCUUUUUCUUUCUAUUGUCGAACUUUUCAUAUGUGAAAAAUGAUUUCACUCAUUUUCUGAUCUUUAUAUUUGGUUUGUUUUUAUUGAUUCUGUGUCAUUUUAAAUUGUUUUUAGGUUUUUUGUCAUUGUGACUUUGUGUGGAGCUGUGAAGAGCAGCAAACUGAUGGAGAUCCAAAUAUGUUUUUUUUAAAAACCACACAUUUAUCAAUAACUGCAGGUUUGAUCAUUGUUCAGAUUCAACAAACUUUAUUUUAAAUUCUCGUCCAGACGAUAAAGUUUCCAAACAUGAAAAGUGAUUCAAUGGUUAAUUACAUAAAUGAAAUGUUUCAGAGAUAUAGAUUCUAUGUAAUGUUUUCUACUUGGAUGAAAUAAAAUGAGAAUAAAACAUUG